GAGAGAUGGCAUGGGGACCAUGUCCUGCUUUCUUCCUGACUCCCUGAGUCCAUAGGUCUCUGAAGGUCAGAGCACCUGGUACUCCAGCUGCAGUCUCGGGCUGGUCAGGAGAGUCCGAAUUUCCUUGGCAUUAUCAGGAGUGCUUUCAAAAAACACUCUGGCCUUGAGUUUGUUGAAGCGGGAUCACAGAAUGAACCUUGAGUCUUCUCUGGGCGAUGACACUGGUUCCAGGACAGCAAAGUGCUAGGUUGUCCUCCAGGCAGGGCGUGUUUGUUUGAGAGCUGCAUUGCCCUGACUUCGCAGGAUACACCAGAUUGACUGUACUUUGGAGACGCUGCAGAAGGUUAAGUGGGUAGAGUCUGACUUGAACAGCCCCAAAACAUGACCUUUGGGUUUGCUAAACAAAGGAAGAGCCCGUGCUUGUGUGGUUAUCCUGAAAUAUAUGCCUGAAGAUUUCUGAGAAUAAGGAGGGGAGCGAGGGCGUGGGAUUCUCCUUCAGGCUUUCAGGGCCAGGGAAAGGAGGAGGAGAAACCGUUUAGGGGGGAAAACAUCUUCCCACAAUGUCCAUAUACUUUACAUUUGAUCAUUCCAGGCUGCCUCUUAUUCUGGUUUUUGGCUCCGAGCCCAGAAGGGAGGCUCCUUCAAUAAUCCUGUCUGAACUUAGGACAUCUGCCUUUCCCUCAAAGACUUCACUGGAAUAUUGUUUGGGAGCGUAGCAUGGACGUUCUGCGCCCGCAGCUUAUAAGAAUUGGAGGGCGGAUUUAUAGGAAGAAUCCCAUUCAAGAGCAGACUUACCCACAUGAAGAGGAGGAGGAGGACUUCUAUCAAGGCUUCGUGGAGUGUGCAGAAGAGCCCUGUGAUGGCUACGAGGUGGUGCAGACCCAGCAAGGUUUCCAGUGUACCGUGAAGGCCCCCAGCCUGCUCUACAAACAUAUAGUUGGAAAGAGAGGGGACACUAAGAAGAAACUAGAGGUGGAGACCAAAACUUCUAUUAGCAUUCCUAAGCCUGGACAAGAAGGAGAAAUUGUAAUCACUGGCCAGCAUCGAAGUGGUGUAAUUUCAGCUCGAACUCGGAUUGAUGUUCUUUUGCUCACUUUUAGAAGAAAGCAGCCCUUCACUCACUUUCUUUCCUUUUUCCUCAAUGAAGCUGAGGUUCAGGAACGAUUCCUGAAGUUCCAGGAGGAAGUACUAGAGAAGUGCUCCAUGGAUCAUGGAGUUGAUAGCACCAUUUUCCAGAAUCCCAAAAAACUUCACCUAACUAUUGGGAUGUUGGUACUUUUAAGUGAGCAAGAGAUCCAGCAGACAUGUGAGAUGCUAAAGCAGUGUAAAGAGGAAUUCAUUGACGACAUUUCUGGGGGCAAACCCCUAGAAGUAGAGAUGGAAGGGAUAGAAUACAUGAACGAUGAUCCUGGCAUGGUGGAUGUUCUUUAUGCCAAAGUUCAUAUGAAAGAUGGCUCCAACAGGCUGCAGGAAUUAGUUGAUCGAGUCCUAGAACGUUUUCAGGCAUCUGGACUAAUAAUGAAAGAGUGGACUAGUGUGAAACUCCAUGCUACCGUCAUGAAUACUCUGUUAAGGAAAGAUCCCAAUGCUGAAGGCAGGUACAAUAUCCACACAGCAGAUGGCAAAUAUAUCUUCAAAGAAAGAGAAUCAUUUGAUGGCAGAAACAUCUUAAAGCUGUUUGAGAACUACUACUUUGGUACCUUAAAGCUUAAUUCAAUCCACAUCUCUCAGCGGUUCUCAGUAGACAGCUUUGGAAACUACGCUUCCUGUGGACAAAUUGACUUCUCCUGAGGGCAGCAGCAAGCGGAACAAUGAUGCUAUCAGCAGGACUGUGCAGUUUCCUGGGAAAAUGUCAGCUGCAGAAGGUACCGGCAGUCCUUGCCUGCAGACAGCAGAGGGAGGGAGCUCAGCACAGCUUUGCCCCACCCAUCAGUCCUGCCACUACCCUGGUGCCAGGGAGCUCCAGCCUGGCUCUCACCUUCCAUCUCUUCCUCCUCCACCUCCUCACAUCCUUUCUCCCGCCAUGUCCUCUCUUUGCUUCCUUCCUCGUUCUUCCCUUGCUUCUUACUUUCUGUUUAAGAAGUUUGAUUCUGGGCCCUGUGUGUCAAGGCCACUACAUAGUGAUAGUUCUUUGUAACACAGAUUUGUUUAUCACUGUGACUGCACAGGUCAUUUCUGAAUAAAUGAAUUUCCAAAGUAA